AAAAAUAUUAUUGAACGUUAACUAAGCAACAAAACAAAAUGAAGCUUUUCCGAUCUCGCUCAAGCCGAAGAAAAAGGAAUGGUGAUAUUACGGCAACUGACGAAUUUACUUUCCACAUGCCGUCCCAGUUUGAAGACAGGCGAACUCAAUUGGAAAUAGAAUGCUUUAAAAAACGACGAGAAAUCAACAGACCGGAGUCAAAAAACGUUAUCCGGAAACAUAUAAACAGUAUUGACAGUUUAAAAUCCGACGGGGAAUCUGAUUAUGAGUCCAUGCCACGUGUAAAUGAAAACGAACUUUGUUCAGCUUUGGAUCGAUUCAGGUUGCAUGACACUUUAUCAAGCUCAAGUUCAAAUGACAGUAAGUUUUCGAACCAGUCCACACCAUCAUACACAGGAUCAGAAGAAGUAAAUUCACGUUUACGAGAUACAAGACAACAAGUAUUUCCCGAUAACUCACCAUCGAAUUGGACAAGCACAGAAAUUCUCUUAUUUCCCGAGGAAGAGUGGGCAAGAAACGCUAAGAAAAUUCAAUGGACGAUCAAAUUUAGUCGAUGUUGGGAAAACCUUUGCAUUGUCACUGAAAGAAGCGUCGGUGGAUUCUUACAUGAAAUCCGCGGAGGCAAAAGUCAUUCGAUACGUAGACGGAAGUCUAAGUGUCAUCGGUCGAUUUCAACGUUAGAAAAACCCAGACUUUGAACUUCAUUUAUCAACAGCAUGCCACAGUGAUUUACAGAACGGUUACGUUAUGACUGGACAUUUGCUUCAAGGAAAUUUGAGCCUGUAUGAUCGUUUAGAUAUCACACAUUUUGCCGCAAUAACACGAGAACAAUAAUUAGAAUUGAUUGCCAAUAAUUAUAACUUAGGGAAUAUGUUGUUAAUAAGUUCUAUAUAAAAGAAAACCCGCUCUAUACUUUGAAUCUCACCACUAUUUGAAACAUUGGACAUGUCGGUCGAAGCCCUUAUUUAUCACUGGCUACUUGCCUGAAAGCUUUGUUUGAAGUCUGAAAAAAAAAUCUCCUACGUUUGAUAGGUUUCACAAGCUGUGAUGACAAUAUGUUUCCAUGCCCAUCUAAAUUGAAUAACUGUGCAAUGACUGUUAUUUUUCUUUUUUUUAUUUGCAGUAAUAUGUUGAAAUAUAUUGAAUGAACAAAUACGACAAGGUUUUUCGUUUGAUGUUAUUUUUCAUUUCUCUGUUUUUCAUUUCUUUCCUUUG